AUGCUCGCAUACGAAAGUCUUUCUCACCAAGCUUCAAAAAAUAAAAAGAACACGUUAUUUGAUCAGCUGCAAGAGCUGCUGACUCCUGCCCCAGUAGACAUUGACCCAGAGACCUUUGGUGAAACAUUUCAUACAAAUGCAAUUGACGUGGAUGAAAACGAUGCGAGCGAGGAAGAUCAGAAUAAAGGGCGAGAACAUUAUGUCAACGUUGGGUAUGCAACUGGACGUUGUCUCGCAGAGAAAUCAUCCCACGUUGAUACAGCCGCUAUAAGGGAAGAAUUGAGAAAAAUAGAAGACGAUGAGAGAAAGAUUUUAAAAAAGAUGUCGCAAAGUACUAAAGCUGACAUUACAAAGGGCCAGCAUGAUCUUUGGGAUUCAUUCUUAGACACAAGAAUUCGGUUACAAAAGGCUUUAACUUUAGCAAAUACAUUUCCGCAGUACGAUGUUUAUUCACAAUUUCUAAACGAAGAAAUAAACGGCGAAAUCAAAGAAACGCAAACUGAACUGCACGCGUUAAUGGAUAUGCUUAUCGACUUACAAAAGGACAUUUACCAAACGAAUGGGAUUGUCGAAAUUUCCAAAGAUACUGCUACAAAUCGCAAGCGACAACAUGAGGACGAUAGUUAUUUGGACAAUCUUUGGGGAGACAUGCAAGAACUCUACGACAAGUUUAAACCCUUUCGACAGGCAACAAUCGAUAAAUGGAAUAAUAAAGUACAGAUAGCUGCGGGGUUGCCGCUAAACAAGAAAUUCAAGGCCAUCAAUCAAAGUGUCAAUACGCAGAUUGAACAAAUUCUAAACGAUAAAGAACGACUAAUAAAGAGAACGCAGUUAAAGAGAAACGACGAGAAGAUACUGGGGAAAGAGAAACAAAAUGAGCGGGAAGAAGAGAUAAUAUUAAAAGGAGACAAUUAUGAUAAGGAAAUUUUCGAUGAUACAGAUUUUUAUCAGCAGUUACUUAGAGAAUUAAUAGAUAGUAGAAUGGUAGAUACAGACGACCAAUCAUCCCUAGGACUACGCUGGGCAGCCUUAAAACAGACAAAGCAAAAGAAAAAGCAGGUUGAUACGAAAGCCUCAAAAGGCCGCAGAUUGCGAUACCAUGUUCAUGAAAAAUUACAAAACUUUAUGGUUCCCAUACCUGCUGGCACUUGGCAUGAAGAGAUGAUUGACGAGUUGUAUUCGUCAUUAUUGGGGAAGAAGUAUAAUGUUGCGUUGGAUGAAGAUGAGGACAAGAAUGAUGGAAUUGAUGAAGAACAAGGAAAAGAGCAUGCGAAUAGAGGAGCAGGAAUUGUGGAAGGUGUUAGCGGGUUAAAAAUAUUUGG